UCUGAAAUGCGUUCAACCGAAUAUCGGCUAGUCUGGUCUGGUUUGGCACACACAGAGCACAUCGAUCGACUAUGAGUUUGUCACACACUUGAUGUUAGCGUUGCAGCUUGCUUGACGUGUUGAACGCGAAAUAGAAAACUUGUGAAAAUCAUGUUUAGCAAUCAGGGCAUUCAACCCGUAACUGUCACUUUUAACAACGCAAAAAACUGCUUUUUACACCUUCCCUUGAAGCUAAUAUCACAGCUUUCCCUGAACGAGAACCAGCCUCUGGAGUUGUCCUGUGGUCAUGGGCCUCCAGUGUUCCUCACCUGGACUCAAAACAGAGCCAGCUCCAGCCUGGACAGCCACAAAGUGGAGCUGUGUCGGCAGCUAGGAGAGAAGCAGGGCCUGACAGAUGGAGAGCAGGGCUUCUUAAGGCCAUGUCAUCAGGUCUCAUCAUUGGAUCGGGUGUUUGUGGAACCUGUAUCAGCUGAUGACUGGGAAAUCCUGGAGCUCCACAGUUCUGCGCUGGAGCUGCAACUACUGGAUCAGAUCAGAGUAGUUUUCCAAGAUGCCGUGUUUCCUGUGUGGGUGGACAACCACACAGUAAUCUUUAUCCGAAUAGCUUCACUUUCUCCACGUGUGCCCUACGGUCGCCUGGAGCAAUUCACAGAACUUGUUGUGUCCCCGAAGAUCCGCGCUGAAACUGGCACCCACACACAUUCUCAUCUAAAAGCCAACCCAAACUCAGAAAGUUUUCACAGACAGCCAAACAUGGAUUUCUCCUCCCCUUCAGGACCAUCAUCAGAAACUGCCUCCUCUACUUCUAACAGCCACCAGUGGGGUGGCAUAGCCGACCUGAAAAGCCUCUUUCAUCAUAUGAUAAAGGGCGCUUAUGACCCAGUUAAGGAACAACCGCCUUUACCUGAAAUCCCCGCUCUCCUUACGGACUCUCUGUACAGAGUGUGCGGUGCACCUCCCCACUCUCUCAGCACCAUAAGCCAUGUUGCAACUAAUGCUAUUCACAUCUUUCCUUGGAGCCACAGUUUCAAUGCUAGGCUGAGUGAAGGUCACUCCUCAAUUACAUAUGGCCUUCUCUCCAAAGUCCCAUCCCCCAAAGAAACGAGGGACAGAACCAAGCAGGCAAUGGAGAAAAAGAAGAAGGCAAGAGUUACUAAGGAGACUGCUACGCCUGAAGGAGAGGAGGUGAAGGAAGAGGAGGCCAUGGUGGUUAGGGCAGUGUGUCAUUGUACCAAGCUACUUGGAUGCAAGGAAAGAAGCAACGGAGAGAUUCACAGUGGAAGAGUAUGGAUUCCAGAGCCUCUGGCCAGCAGGCUUAAUAUCCCUGCCCAUUCAACAGUAAGAAUUAAGCCAGUGAAAUCAGCUAUCAAAGUAGCUUCUACUAUUUGCCUACAACCCCUAAAUCCACUGCCUGAGGAGGAUGAUGAGGAGAUCCAGACAGCAUUCCUUGGUUGGCUGCACACACAGAGUCACGAACCUUUAGCCUGUCUGACAGCACGGUCUGGCACCAUCCUCCUACAUGGAACUGAUGCAAAGUUAGAGUUUGCUUUAACUGUGCUGAAACCAGAACCACAGACUGAAGCUUCAGAUCAGCUGUUUCUGCUAGCACCCACAGUUAUCCAGAAGAAAGACAUACAGGUAGACAGAGAGCCAGUAACCACCCCAGCUGUGACGCCUGGAGUUGAAACACCCCACCCAGAACUUCCCUCUCUUAGUAUUCUUGGGGGGAUGGAUGAGCUUUGUAGAACUGGGUUUGAGUUUAUCUCCCAUAGCCUUCUGGGUAGUCCCCUCUCGAGAGAGCUGGGUACCACUGGUCGGGGACUUCAAGGUGGAGCUCUUCUCAUCACUGGUGCCAAGGGGAGUGGGAAGAGCACUCUAUCCCAAGCCUUUUGCAGGAAAGCUAGAGAAGAGCUGGAUGCACACGUUGAGGUGGUAGACUGCAAAAAGCUACAAGGCAAAAGGGUAGAAACUGUGAGACAGAAUCUGAUGGACAUUUUUGAACAGGCAGAAUGGAGGCAGCCCUCUGUUGUUCUACUUGAUGACCUGGAUCAUUUGACGCGGGCACCAGCCUCACCUGAACAUGAACACGGCCCGGAGGCACUGCUUCAGCAGCACAUUGCUCAAAGCCUGCAGGAUGUGGUGGAUGAGGUGAUGCUUCACUCUAGCCUGGUGUGUCUGAUCAUUACCAGCCAGAGUGAACACUCCCUCCAUCCCUCUCUGACUGAGGUACACGGUUCCCACUUCAUCCAGGGAUUUGUAAACAUCCAGCCACCUGAUCAGGCCCAGAGGGUUGAGAUUCUGAUCCAUCUGAUCCUGAGGAAGUCCUGCCUGUCUGUUGAGACUGUGAGUCUUGAUAUCGGGGCUGUUGCUAAGGAGACAGAGGGAUACACACCUCAAGAUCUAGUACUGCUGUUAGAGCGGGCUGUUCAUGCUAACGCUAUGCUAAGAGGACACAGUGAACAAGGAGUGUGUCUGUCCUGGAGGGACUUUGCGCAGGCUCUCAAAGGCUUCACACCCCCCUCUUUGUGGGGUGUAGACCUCCACACCCCCAGUGGAUUUGGGUUGGACAGGGUAGGAGGGCUAAAAGAAGUGCGACAGCAGCUUAUGGACACCAUACUGCUCCCUGCUAAGUAUCCGGUCCUUUUCGCCAAUCUUCCUAUCCGCCAUCGCUCAGGAGCUCUGCUGUAUGGCGCUCCUGGUACAGGAAAAACACUGCUGGCCAGAGCUGUCUCCAAAGACAGUGGUAUGAACUUUAUCAGCAUCAAGGGACCUGAACUUCUGAGUAAGUACAUUGGAGCCAGUGAGAAGGGAGUCCGUGAUGUCUUCCAGAGGGCACAAGCCGCCAAGCCCUGCAUCCUGUUCUUUGACGAGUUUGACGCUCUGGCCCCCAGGAGGGGCCACGACAGCACAGGUGUAACCGACCGCGUGGUCAACCAGCUCCUCACCCAGCUGGAUGGAGUGGAGGGACUGCAGGGUGUGUACGUGCUUGCAGCCACCAGCCGACCAGAUUUGAUUGACCCGGCCCUGCUGAGACCUGGACGGCUGGACAAAUCCCUUUACUGCCCUCCCCCUGACCUGGAGGCUCGUGUGGAGAUCCUGAAAGCUCUGACUGCAGGCGUCCCCCUGGCUCCUGAUGUUGACCUGGAGCAGCUGGCAGCAGCGACAGAGCAGUUUACUGGGGCAGAUCUGAAAGCCUUACUCUACAAUGCACAGCUGGAGGCUGUCCACAACAGCAUAGGCACCAGUGCACCACAUGAGCUGAACUCUGGCUCAGAAAGCGACAUGAGCCUUUCCUCCAUGAUCUUCCCGAACAACCAGUGCAGUGGGUCAGACGACUCGGCGGGAGAGGGAGAGUCAGGCAUGGGGCUGGACCAGUCUAUGGUGGUCGUGGAGCCCAGUGAGCUUCAUGCAGAAAACAAACACCACCACGGCAAUGUCUGGAGACUGUACUUUGAGAGUUCCGAGUCCGAGUUGGAGAAUUCAAAACCAAACUCCCAGUGCAUCUCUGGACCCAGUUCCAUAAACACUGACUUUACUGGAGGAUCAGUUCGUGACCACGCUAGCUCAGUCAAUCCUGCGUACAUGCCCUCGCUCCAGAGGGGAUAUGAAGAGCUUGGCCGAGAGCAACUGGAGCGACUACAACAAGAGAUUAAUAACAUCAAGAACAACUACAGGAAAGCCAAUGAAGAGUGUGCUUAUGUGCAUCCAGCUGCCAAACAACCAGGCCUGCUGCUGCGCCAAGCACAUGUGAACGCCGCCUUGGCCGUGACCAAACCCUCCCUCAGCCAAGCCGACUGGAAGAGAUACACAAAACUGUAUGAAGGCUUUGGCGUCUCAGGAGACAGAAAAUCUGUCAAAUUUAAACCUGGACAACGUGUGACUUUAGCGUGAUCAAACAUUAACAGUUUAACCAUUUCAGCCUAAUUUUGACAUUGUAAAUGAUUACACUGUGUGUAUAUAAAGUUCUUUACUCGGUUGUGAAUUAGACUGGAAAGGCCUUGAAUGUAAUUAAUGCACAGAUGCACAUUAUAAUGAAGUAUAAAUUAUGAACAUGUUUUAAUUAAAAAUGUACAUU